AUGAAAGCUAUGCCUUUUGCAGUGCCAAUGGUGUGGAGGAAGCCAACAGAUCACGAAAGCAAUUGUUACUACUGCAUGGUGCCUCCAGUUAGGAAAGGUAUUUGCAUGAAAAGAAACUGGACUUUACAAUAUCUGAAUAUACCAUCUGCUAUACUCCCGGUACCUCUCGGCGAAGGACUACCCAUUCCUGAGCCUCCAGACUCAUUCUCCCUGGAGUCAGAGAACGAAGAGGAUGACGGAACCUGCGAAACCUGUGAGCCUUCAACUUCACAAGACCCUGAGCUCGCUCAUAGCUUGACAUCUUCUGAACCACACAAGAUAACUCAGAAUGAACUAAACGACCUUGUCAGAGAUCUGGAAUUGCCAAAGAGUAAAGUAGAACUGUUGGGCUCCAGACUGCAGCAGUGGAAUCUCCUUGCUGAAGGUGUUAGAGUGUGUGAGUUCCGUGACCACCAAAAAGAUUUUGCCCCAUUCUUCAUCAUGCUCCAGAACUUGAUUCCACAACACCUAUCUUAUCAGGUCAAGACAAAGCAAUUAGAGCGACAGCUGCAGGAGUCUCAAAGUGUCAUUGAAGAUCAACGUAGUAACUUAAUGGAAUUGCAGCUCCACUCAGAACAGCUGUCACAAAACUUACUCAGGGAACGUCAAGAACGAGAAUUAGUUAUUACCAAGGUGACUUACACACGACAGCUAUUCUCAAACCUUGAAGAACAGUAUGAACAGUUGCUGAAGACUACCAAGAUUUUUCAACAAGUUAAAGAUUCUCUUACUUCAGAGCACAUGGAUAUAAUUAAGAAAUUAAAAGACCUUCAGGAGGCAUCACAGGGCCACCAAAACAGUAUACAGAAUCAUAUCCUCAGAGAGGAGAAGAAUACGAGUCUUGUGGAGAAGCUGAAGGAAGAGAUGAAUCAUCAGAUAUCUGCUAAGGAUAAGGAAUUGGCAGCUCUUACUCAGAAGUUGAAGCACUUAGAAGAAAUGGUGGCAAACUUAUCUGAAAAUCUGAGUGCCACAGAGAAUGAUAGAAGUGCUUUGAACUCCCGUUUGGAUAAGGUUUUGAGAUUGUUGACAGAGACCCAAGAGGAAAUGAAGAAACAGACAGAUGCUUUAGCAAGCCAAUUGGUCAAGGUUGAAGAUGAACUGAAGUGUGAACAAAUUCGACUUAAGGAGAGUCAGAAAGAGUUUGAGGAAGCUGUUGAGAAGAUUCAGUAUUUAAAGAAGAGUAAUGACACACUGGAAGGAGCUAAAAGUGAACUAUUGGAUAAAAGAGAAAGUUUACCUCCCGAAAUCAUCUAUAAAGCAGAGGUUAUCGCGACACAAGACUCUGCUCACAGCAAGAGUGUUUUGGACCUUCAACAAUUAAACGAAAGAAUUGUUGACCUUUGUGCACAGCAGAGAAAUGAGGAGUUGGAGAAGGAGAGAAUAUAUAAUGAACUAGGUAUCUGCAAGAAAAAUCUCACUUGUGAGGAACUCCAUGUUAAACAGUUGAAAGAAGAGAUAACUGUAGAUUCUGGAAUGCUGGCUGGUCCAGUAAAUACUAGUUCUCCACCCAAAAAGAGAUGUAAAAUGUUCAGUUUUAUGGAAGAUCCUGAUGCUAACCAACCUGUUGCUGAUAAUACUGUUGAUCAUGAGAUCACACGCUACCUCAACAUGCCAUGCGAACCAGAGGAGAGUAAUCCCUUGGAUUUCUGGAAGAGACAUGAGGACAUCUUCCCACAAUUAACCAAGCUAGUGACAAUACUGAAGGAGACUAUAAAGGAUCUUGAACAAAUGAAGGUGAAUUUUCUUGAUGGACAAGAGACUCUUCAGAAAGAAAAUCUAGAUAUGAGCCAAACUAUUACACAAUUGAAGGAAAAACUUACAGAGAUGGGUGAUAUUGUAUUGGAGGUUAAAAGGAAACUGACAUUAUCUGAGGAGCAGGAAGAAGCUCAGCAACAACAAAUACUUUCCCUUGAAGAGCAGAUCACGAAGUCCAGCAAGGAGCUAGUGAAAAAGACGAAGGAAUAUGAAAAUGUUGCCAAGUCAGAGAAGGAACACAAGACAAAGAAUCGGGAACUGAAGACAGCUAUAAAGGAACUAAAGACAACGAUGAAGAAGAAUAAACUUGAAGAGAGCAAGAUGCAGGAGGAAAAAAUUAUUUCAUUGAAGAGAGAAUUAAAAGCCAUCACUGACUCAGCACAUGCUUUAGAUGACAGAUUAAAAGAACGCGAAGAAAUGCUCGCAACCCUCCAAGAAGAAGUAUCUACUCGAGAAGGACACCUCAACGAUGGGUUGACGACUAUUGAGGAGCUCAAAUUAGAGUUAGCCGAGUCCCUCAGUAAACAUGAGAAGGUCCAGUGUGAAUUAGAAUCCAAAGAAAAAUCACUUAAGAUUCUUGAGACUUCCAUGAGAGUUAACAUGGAGAAACUCCUCAGUGACCUCAACCAGAAGGAGGAACACCUUAGUAAAUCACAUAAUUUCCAUGAGCAAGAAAUUCAGAAACUUAAACAUGAUUUAGAGAAGACACAAGAAGAUCACAAGAACUCAUCCAUUGCUCAUGAAAAAGAAAUUAAAGAAACUACUGAAGCUCUCACUAAGGAUCUUUUAAACAAGGAAUCAAUUCAUCAGGAGGAAACUGAAAAAUUGAAAGCAGAAAUGAAGAAAUGUAUUCAAGAUCAGCAAGAAGCAAGAGAAGAAGCUAGUGCAGCCAUCAAGGAGAAGUUGCAAACCAAGCUUGAGUCAGAUGGAAAAGUCAAGAACAUAAUAUUUAUGUCAACUUUCUUUGUAUUAAGGAAUGCUUGUUACAGGAAAGUAGAAAACUCUGAAGGCUUUAUUGUUGGAGGUGCUAUCACUGACCAACCACUUCUUGCACACAACUAUGGUGAAACCUGGUCCAUAGUUUACAUGACUAGGAGAAAAAUAAAGGAGGGAUGA